UACAGGGACUUCCCCUUCCUCAGCGAUUAUUUACAUACUGCAAAUAUAAAUACUGUUUUCUCGAGAUUAGGAUCGAUUCACAGCCCUCGCUGAAAGAUGAUCCUCUACUUAUGGCUUUUCCUUUAUAUCGCUGCCAUAGCUGAGGGCAAAUGUGAACCCAAUUUCUAUCCUGAUAAACUUAUGGAGAACUGUCAGCACUGCUCCAAGAGAUGCAACUCUCCUCCACCCGACUGCACCACGUAUUGUAGGCCUUCCUCCUCUGGGAAGAAAGAAGCUGGAGAAAACCAGAAUGCACGUAUAAUCCUCAUAGUGCUUAUUGUGUUUCUCGGCACUUGUUUGGCGCUGAUGGGAAUCCUGACGGUCAUUCGUAGGAAGGCCUGUAAGCACGUCCUCAUAGCUAAAGCAGCUCAAGAACGAGACUCUUCUGAAAGUGAGAGAGGCUCUGAUACGACUGAGCAGUCCGAGGACGUGGAUGGAUCAGCAGCAGCAGCGAAUACAGCAGUGAAUGUAGAAGAGGAAAUGAGCUCAACUCACUACAACACCAACCUGCCUCUGCCCUCCACUGAGGAGGGCACCACUGUGCUGGUCACUACGAAGACAGUGCAGACGUAUAACUGCAGUACGCAGUACACACGGGGGGUGACACUAGGUGUGUGGACAACUGCUGCUGUAUGAGAGCAGGACGAAUCACACA